AUGAAAUACUUCUUUCCCCUUUUGACUUUGGCUGUAUUGGUGGUGGCAUGUAAAUCUGCCGAGGUACAAAAGCAAAAUGGUGCUAGAUUAAGUGCUGGCUGGAUACGACCUGGAGACAUUUUGUUACAGAGGAGGAAUGUAUAUCUCGGUGGCAGACCAAACGCCAUUCAGACUCAAGAUUUUCAAUAUCGUGCCACCGGUGGAACUGUUAUAUCGGCAAUCAACGCUUAUCAAGUAGGAUGGGAACAGUACGCAAGUGCCUAUAUUAUUAGAGGCGGAAUAGGAUAUAACUAUGUGACAAUAAGAUUGCAAGCCUCGAGAGGCUUCGGAUUUAAUUUUAACAUUGAAAUUUGGGGUCAC